CUGCAUAAUCAGGUCUUUUAUUGACGCCAGUCGCUGGACAGUGCUAUUGUUGAGCUGCGAAGUUCUUUGUUGCUAAGUGUAGGUGGAUUUUCUUCAUAUCGGUAUGGAGCUAGAAGUAGAAGACCAUGAUAUGCCCACAAUAUGAUCGGUCGUGAAGAUCUCGCAAUUAUACCUAGUUACCUUGUACUACAAUAUACCUUAGUUACCCAAUAACCUAAACAGGGACCCUCAUUCUACAGUAGAAUGAGGGUCCCUGUUUAGGUUAUUAACGAGCUACGCUAUUUUGGAACACGACCAAUAAAAGCUGAAAAAAGAUGUGGGUUUCAAAGUUGGGAAAUGAGUUCCCCAAGGCGCGCAUAGAGCAGAAGGACAAGGCAAGGAUGGCACGACUGAAUUAUGGCUGUCCUCGGAUCAUUUUCGAAAAGGAAACAAAUAAAUCAAAAAGAAGAACAACUCAAAAACAAGUCGAGUGUAAACUGACUACAACUAGAAGGAACUAAAUACCAACAUCAUGUAAGAAGUCCUACUUCUUCGACCCUUCUAAAUUCAAAAGCUCCGCACUUUGCCUCAUAACGCAGCCUGUGCUGACUGCGGAACGAAAGAUGGCGCUCAAUGGGCUGUGGUCUCUCUCGGCUCUUUCGUAUCAUGUGUCCGAUGUGCCUCACUUCCUCGUGGUCUCGGAACACACAUCUCGAAAACAUCAUUGGCUAGCAUUUACCUGCUUGUGCUUUAAUCUAGGGCCACAAAGAACAUACCUUCAGUCCUCAACCUCAUGCUCCUGCAGCAGGCAGUGGUCCGAAUUUUUUCGAUUUGGCGAAGGAAUUGGUGAGGAGAGAAGACAAAAUGACAACAAAGCACUCAUGUCACAUGUCGUGCACUCAUCAUCAUCAUCAUCAUCAUCGUCAUCAUCAUGAUGUUCGUUGGUUGUACUCAAGUUUGUCACAUUGAAAAAUUGAUUAACGAGACAACAUAGCAUUAUUCUUGGUCGCACUUGAUGAGAGCCUGCAGCGGAAAAAGUUCACCACGACUCAGGGCAUGUUGAUCGUCCGUCUUGUCACAUUAUGGAUGUAUGCAUGCUGAGUUUCGAAGAUCAUGACGCAGGUUGUUGUAUACAGAGUCAUAAUCAUAAAUAAUGCCUCUAUGUUUUUGUAAGUAGCCUAGUAGGUUCAUUCUAACAAACAACAUAUUCUUGUAUUGUCGUAUAGUUUAUUUUUCGUUGGGAAGUACGUAGAAGCGUCUUCAUAUAGAUACAUAGAAGAAAAAGGUGAAGAGCUCUCUAUUAGCAGUAACUACCUAGGACGCUCCUUCUAGAAAAGAUCGUGAUUUAUUAAAAGCUUGUGAAUUAAUAUGUUGGAAGGAGCAGCAAGCGGAACAUCGUUAAAGAAGAUGAAGAGCUCAACAAAUCACAUGGAUUCUCACGCCCACAGGAACAAGUCCUCGUCUUCCUCAUUUGGAAUGUAGAACAAGAUCUUCCACCAUUUAUAGAUGAUGCGCAUGCUUCCACCAUUUAGAUGGCUCUACUGAGAAAGAUAACGCGAGCAUCUACUAAUGCAACCAUAGCUGUUGGCAAGCGGUGCCUCACAGCAUUAGUUAGUACCU